CAGACAUCCUCUACUACAAUCUCUAACUUAGUUUUCCAAGUGUUUGCAAAUUGUGUUCAUGCUAUUCUAAGAGGGAAUAUAAAGUGUGCACUUUAGACUGUCCUUUUUGGGCGAAGAUGGCCUGUGUGUAUUGUUCGUUUUUGGAGACUGUGGUGCUGGUUAAGUUUCUCCUGCUGUGCGUUGUGGAGUUCUCUGCUGGUAGUGCCGCUAAUGGCACCGGUCUGUCCGCUUUCACGACUUUUGUUUCACCUGCGACCGACCCUCUUCCCGCACCUGCCCGCCGGAAAAAUGGCAUUGUGCAAACAAUCGAUCGGAUCUACCACGGUGGUGGGAAAGUGGGCUACCUUCUUUAUCUGGACGGCAGGAAAUUUCAGCUGGAUAUGGAAAGGGACGAAGCUCUGCUGUCCCGGCACUUCAGUUCCAAGUAUGUGGAUGCGCUAAAAGGAACGAGAAGAGGGACACGACCACUACACAAGGAAUGCGUUUACCGGGGCACCGUGGAUUCCAAGGCGGAAUCCCUGGCGCUGUUCAGCUUGUGCGGCGGCGGGCUGGAGGGUUUCUUUGCCGUGGAGAACGACCGCUACACGAUCAGACCCCUCAGGAGGGCGAAGGGACACGAGAAUGACACGCACCCUGUGGAAGACGCCGCUGCUGAGCAGGCGCUUCACUACUAUUCCCGAGAGGGUUUCAGCUUUGAGGCUACGGCAGUGCGCGAAAGCUGUGGUACGCGAGAAAGGCGAAAACAUGUUGCCAGGAAACGCCGUCGCGGGGGACUUAGAGAACUGCAAAGGAACCCUAACAGUAUUGCUCUCGAUGGAAACGGUCGCAGGAUACGCGGUGCGCGGCGGCGGGCGUCCGAGACAGUUCCUCGCAGCUCAGGUAAGAGGCGCAAGAGGUCGGUCUCUCGCGCCAGGCACGUGGAGCUGCUCCUUGUGGCCGACGAAACGAUGUCAAAGAAGUACGGCAAAGAUCUGCACCACUACCUGCUCACGCUGGCUUCGAUCGCGUCUAAACUGUACGGUCACGCCAGCAUCGAGAACCCCAUCCGCCUGUCGGUGGUGAAGGUAGCGGUUGUCACGGGUGAGGAAAAGGGCUUGGAGGUCUCCAAGAAUGCGGCCGCCACGCUCAAGAGUUUCUGCAAAUGGCAGCAUCAGCAGAACCCGCUGGACGAUGAUCACCACCAGCACCACGACGCUGCCAUCCUCUUCACCAGGAAGGACCUGUGUGGGCACCACUCCUGUGACACGUUGGGCAUGGCGGACGUGGGCACCAUCUGCUCCCCCGAGCGGAGCUGCGCCGUGAUCGAGGACGACGGGCUGCACGCCGCCUUCACUGUGGCACACGAGAUAGGGCACCUCCUGGGCCUGUCCCACGAUGACUCUAAGUUCUGUGUGGAGCGCUUCGGCUCCAGCGAGGACAAGCGCCUCAUGUCCUCCAUCCUCACCUCCAUCUACGCCUCCAAGCCCUGGAGCCGCUGCACCUCCGCCACCAUCACCGACUUCUUCGACGACGGAAACGCGGACUGCCUGCUGGACGCCCCGCGCCAGGCGCUGCUGGGUCCGGAGGAGCUGCCGGGUCAGAGCUACGACGCGGUGCAGCAGUGCCGGCUGGCGUUCGGGCCAGAGUACACGGUGUGCCCGGGCAUGGACGUGUGUGCCCGUCUGUGGUGCGCCGUGAUGCGGCAGGGCCAGAUGGUCUGCCUCACCAAGAAGCUGCCCGCCGCCGAGGGCACGCCCUGCGGCAAGGGCCGCAUCUGCCUGCACGGCAAGUGUGUGGACAAGACCCGCAAGAAGCAGUACAUGGUCUCGAACCAUGGCAGCUGGAGUUCGUGGGGGUCAUGGGGUUCAUGCUCUCGGACAUGUGGCGGGGGGGUGCAGUUUUCGUACCGUCUGUGUAACAACCCCCCUCCUCGGAAUAAUGGGCGCUACUGCACAGGCAAGAGGGCGAUCUAUAGGUCCUGUAACGUCCACCCUUGCCCUCCGUCAAGUAAGAGUUUCCGGCAGGAGCAGUGUGAAGCACACAACGGUCCCCAGACAGACCCUAAGGGGGUGAAGACGUUCGUGGAAUGGGUGCCCAAGUACGCCGGCGUGUUGCCUGGAGACGUGUGCAAGCUGACCUGCAGAGCCAAGGGCACUGGCUACUACGUAGUGUUCUCCCCUAGGGUGACGGAUGGGACGGAGUGUAGGCCCUUCAGCGGAUCGGUAUGUGUGAGGGGGAGGUGUGUGAGAACCGGCUGUGACGGGAUCAUCGGGUCCAAACUGCACUUUGAUAAGUGUGGCAUCUGUGGAGGAGACAGCACUACCUGUGUCAGAGUGGCGGGAAACUUCACCAAGAAGAGUAAGGGCUACACAGAUGUAGUAAAGAUUCCAGAAGGUUCCACUCACAUUAAGGUGCGUCAGUACAAGCCCAAAGACCAGCCUCGCUUCACGGCGUACCUGGCGCUGCGUCGUCACGGCGGCGAGUACCUGCUGAACGGGAAGUUCCUGAUCUCCACGUCGGAGACCAUCAUCCCCGUGAACGGCACGGUGCUCAACUACAGCGGCUGGAGCCAGAGGGACGACUUCCUGCAAAGCAUGGGCCCCGGAGCCCUGCGGGAGGGCCUGACCGUGCAGGUCCUCGCCACCGACUCCAAACGCCCGCUCGACGUGCGCUACAGCUUCUUCGCCCCCCGCAAGCUCCCCCCGCCCACUGCCCCGCCCUCGACGUCCACCACGACCACAGCCCCACCCUCCUCAUCCCCCCCGGCCACAACCACACCCACGGCCCCGCCCACAACCCCGCCCUCCACGCGCACCUCGGCUGUGACCCCGCCCCCCUCGGCCCCGGCCCCCCGGUGGGUCACGGGCCCCUGGCUCUCCUGCUCCCGGACCUGUGCAGCCGGGUGGCAGACUCGCACCGUGCAGUGCAAGGACCCGCAGGGCCGGCUGGCCAAGAACUGCCCGCUGACGGAGCGGCCGUCCGCCUUCAAACAGUGCUUGGUCCAGAAGUGCUGACGGUCAGGACACGACUGAACACAUGCGUGCUGGACAGGCCCAGCCAUGCACACGCAUGCGUGUUGGACAGGCAUGGGCAUGCACACGCACGUGUAUUGGACAGGAACAGAUGCACACGCGCGCACACACACAUGUGCUCUGUCAUACUGGCCCUCCUCGCUCGCCUCAGCUAGGGGUUUGUCUGCUAUGUUCUCUUUUUGAGGGGAUUUUGUAUCACUGCCCCAUUUGUUACUGUUUGAACUCCGCUAUACUCAUCAGGGCAAUGGGGAUCCCCCAUCCACUUCAGAAAGGACUACUCUGCCAGUCACACAGAUAAACGCCACAGCAGUGGACACGGCCCGCAGCCCACUAGGCCCCGCCCAGUACAGCAAGUGUUGAGACCGAAUUGGAGGUGGAGCUGAGGGCGGGGCUGUCAGCAGGUGUCCGAUUCCACUUGCUGAUGGAGCUGAAGAUGAAGGAUGAGUUCAGCUCUGUAACUCUGCUUGUGUGGAGACACUGAGAGAGACAGACACCAGGGAGGGAGGGAUUU